AUGAAAAGAUCUGUGGUUGACCCCAUCCUGUUGGAACUCCAACCAAAAAGUAGGCAAGCCAAUGAGCAGGACGUGGAAUAUGCCAAGCAGAUAGUAGUGAUGAUCCUAGCAUCUGGACAACAAAUUUCGCUAAAGUACCAGGCUUUCGUAGUAGUAGGCGUGUUGGGAUCCACAAACAUGGUGUAUAUUCCAAUUGGAACAGAGAUCACGGCAUCAAACACGAACAUCCAUUUGAAAGGUGGCAAGCUGGAGUGUGAGAAAUUCUGUAAAAUUCUUUCUUGUAAAGGACCAGAGACAAGACUGGCUGCAAUACCCGAGACAGCAAAGUAUGAUGAUCUCUUGGAUAAUUCUUUUGCGCUAUACCAAGAUCCGACCAAGUACUCCAAUCCAGGGAAGUAUCCUCCUUCGAGAAAGCCAACAAGAAAACGGAUUCCGUACAUGGCAUGA